AUGACGGAGCCGAAAGGUGUGGAAUCGGCUCCAAAGCCACAACAGUCACGGAGGUGUUGGCUCUUUAAGGAGGAUACCAGCCAGUUGGAAGUGAGCUCACAUCAUGUCCAGCUGGCUGGCUGUGAGCGGGAACCAAAGCAAGCAAAUGGAGUUGGAAGGCAAGAGCAGGAUUAUCGGAGUUGGAAGCAAAUGGAGUUGGAAGGCAAGAGCAGGAUUAUCGGAGUUGGAAGGUAUUGCAUAUCAACAAAUGGCAGUAAGGAAACAGUAAAUAUGCACCGAAUACAAAUGAAUAAAUCAGCUUCUGAGAGUUUGGAAGAAGUGCAGUUCUGUUUUCCAUCUAUAGAGGGAUCGUGUAUAAAAAAUAACCUUCUGCCAUCAGUUUCUGUUGUCAUAUAUACAUUUUUGACUGGAAUUAUACUGACAGCUCUUUGUGGAAAUCUUCUGGUGAUUAUAUCUGUCUCCCACUUCAGACAACUUCACUCUCCUACCAACUUUUUGACACUUUCACUGGCUUUUACAGAUUUUUUUGUAGGUUCACUUAUCCUACCUUUUAGCAUGAUACGAUCCAUUGAAGCAUGUUGGUAUUUUGGCAGCAUAUUUUGUAAAGUCCACUCAGUAUUAGAUUCAGCUUUUACAACCGUUUCUGUUUUACAUCUCUGUUUUAUCUCCAUUGAUCGUUACUUUGCCAUAUGUGAUCCCCUACAUUAUUCAUCAAAAAUCACAUUUCCUGUAACAGCAAUGUUCUUGUCUGUGUGUUGGGCAGUACCUACAUGCUUUGGCUUUAGUUUGGUUUUCUCAAGCAAGAAUUUAGAUGAGGCAACUUUGGCUUCUUUUUACUGUAAAAAUUUGUGUAUUGUAAUUUUUGAUAAAAUGUGGUCUUUAAUUACAUCACUCUUGGUCUUUUUUAUACCAUUCACAUUAAUGAGUGGUAUAUACAGUAAGAUAUUUGCUGUAGCCAGAAAUCACUCUGCAGCCAUUAACAACACAGCAGCCAAUAUCACCACUAACACAGAAAAACACAGCAGUGGGUUACACAAUGUAGAAACAAAAGCAGCAAAAACAUUAGGACUGAUAACAGGUGCAUUUUUGUUUUGCUGGUUACCUUUUCCUGUUAUAUUAGUACUUAAUUCUUUGUUCAAUGUUUCAGUAUCUUCAUUUAUUUAUGAAACCUUUAGUUGGCUAGCAUAUUCCAAUUCUGCAUGUAAUCCAAUAAUAUAUGGAUAUUUUUAUCCAUGGUUUCGGACAGCAUUUAAAACAAUUUUAUCUGGGAAAAUAUUUACUAGAGCAUCUUCUUGUAUUAAUUUGUUUCCUGGAAAUCAUUAG